CCACCAUAAACCCAACCCCCGCCUGCCCCCCACCCCUCCACGGUUGUCAGUUUCCACUCCGGCGCAAAGCGGCGGGGACGGCGGCGCCCGCUCGGCACACCGACAUGAGCGCUUCCCGGGGCUCGUGCCUGGCGGUGCUGGUCGCCGUGGUCCUGCAGACCCUCACCCUGGCGGUCAGCGUGGUCUUCUUCAACAGAGUCCUGCACACGAUGCAGGGCAGCUUUUCCGGCGGGAGUUUGUCAUGUUUGAAGGACGCCAAUCACCGCUUCCUGUUCGACGACAGGAAGAGCGACCCCUGCUGGCGGGUCCUGCAACAACUCCGCCACCACAUCGAGAAGGCGACGGCGGCCAGAUUAGAGAAGGAGAUAUCGUCCGGCACGACAAAUAAACUGACCGGGGUCCUUCCGUUCCUCCCCGGCGGCCACGUCCGUGCCGACGUGGCGGCGCACGUGACCGCCACCGCCGCUACGACCUCUUCCUCACGCACGCAAGAAGUUUUGGACCGCGGUCCCCCCGCAGACGACGCGAGGAGCCGCAGACGUUACCUGGGCCAGCGCGUCACGGCUUGGGAGGGUCACCGAGGUCAGUCGUUCUUGCACAACGUGGAGCUGAGAGGAGGAGACUUGCUGGUGCGCCGGGCCGGCCUCUACUACAUCUACGCGCAGACGUACUUCAGGCUGUCCUCCCCCUGGAACAAGGACCGGGAGGAGGAGCAAGACCAGGAAGGAGCCCAGCUCGUCCAGUAUAUCUAUAAAAAGAUGAGGUCGUACACGGUCCCCAUCCUGCUUAUGAAGUCUUCGCGAAGCGCCUGCUGGCCGCGGGGUCAAGAGCCCGGAAUGUUCUCCCUCAACCAGGCCGGCACCGCCUUCCUGCAGCCGGACGACCGCCUCUUCGUCGCCGUCGGCAACGCCAGCGCCGUGGAGGCGGACGGCAGGGCCAGCUACUUCGGGGCCUUCCUGGUGGGCUAGACUUGCGUCCGGGACAGUCAGGAAGUCGCGCCCGUCGCCGUGACGCGGCGCGCUCGCCGGAUCGCGAGCGUUCGUGUUUACAGUCGACAGAGGGCACGCGAGAACGUGCUCGCGUGAGAACAAGCUGCUUAUUCCUACGGCUCCCUCUGCAGCUGGUGAGCCGAAUUGCAUGGCAGAUAAAAGCUGGCAAACAUUAAGGACGGCGGUGCCAAAGUACCAAAACUUACGGGUUUUUCACGAAAUGACCUUUCACCUGGGUGAUUGGUUAUGACGUUGUGUUACAGGCAAAACUUUUUAUUUACGAAUCAGCUUCAGCCACCAAAUGGUGGCGGUGAACGUCGUGGCGCUAAUCAGUUGUGAUUGGGGAACUGCUCUUUUUUGCAACAUCUUUUUUUUUUUUUGGGUGUGCAAUUUUGUAAGCAUGGGUCGUCAAAACCUGAAGCAGAGAAAACCUGAAAACUGGUCCGCGGCUAUCAUAAAGCUCUAAAGGACAACCACAGCGUGCUAGUUAUAAAUAUAUAUGCGCCGUAAUUCCCGGCUUACUACCACCUGGUUAUAAGCCUCAUCCAAGAUAUUUACAAAGAAAGACGGUACACAGAGAGUUUAACGCUAGUGCCGCGCUAACGCUAACGCUGCGCUAACAGGGUUAGUUUAAAAAAAAAAAAAAAACAUACCGGUAAAAAUCACUUAGACACGGCAGUAACACGCUAGCGCAGCGCUAACAGGGCCGGAUCGGCAAAAGUCACUUCCUCGGCACAUAUAUUCCACCGUUCUCUCACUCUUACCUUUUCUGUUCGAGUGCCCCCUUGUGGCCGUUAAAAGAAAAAAAAAAUGCACAAAUUAGCUGCAUCACCGCAUAAACCGCAGGGUUGAAAGCGUGUGAAAAAAAGUCAAGGUUUAUAGGCCGGAAAUUACGGUAUAUGUAACAUAAAGUUGGCAAUUAAUUGCUGCGUGCGUAGUCCACGGGAGAGAAAUAAACACGUCUGUCAAAUAAAAACAAAAAAUAUAUUUCUAUAUGACCAGAGGUGUACAGUGACCAGCACCAUGGCGGACAAUUCUGGUAGAUGUCUGACUGGCAGGCGAGGAUCCGUAUGGGGUUAACGUCGCACACAGCAGGGUGAUAAACUAAUGUCGGAAGCUAACAGAGUUAAAAUCUUAAAGUAAUUUCAGACGCUAACGUCGGAAGGAAACUUCAGAAGCUAAAUGUUAAGAGAUGGUGCUGACGUUGACAAAAUUAGUAACAAAGUGAACAUUCGAGGUUGCAAUGACGCUAACAAGUAAUGAGGGAAGCUAAAGUUAAAGCUAACAUUGAGGCGGACAAAAGUGAGAGGGAACCUUGAAAUAUAAUUUUGUUGAUAAAGGCUGAAGCUAAGAAAGAUAAAGUUAACUAAUGAGGAAACAAAAGAUUACCUUACAUUGAAAAUCAUAUCAGAAGCUGAUUUUCGGGGUUAAGUCAGAAGCUAACAGCAGUAUAGUUGGAUAAGAGAUACAGCUGGGCGCUAACGUCAGCGGUAAGGUUUGACGCUAUCCCCAGAAGCUAACAUUGGAAGCUAACCUCGGAAGCUAACGGCAGUAUAGUUGGAUAAGAAGUAAAGUUGGGCACUAAUGUUAGCGGCAAGGCUAGACACUAUCCCCAGAAGCUAACUUCGGAAGCUCUGUUCUUCCUUAACUCUAAAAUUACAUCAAAAUCUAAUGUUGGAGGACAAGCUAUUUCAAGUCAACACUGGAAGCUUAUGCUGAAGCUAAUGUUGCUCUUAAAUCAACUAAUAGGGGUAACAUUCACGCUAAUGUAAAGAUGCUAACACGAAAAAUUAAGCUGAUGCUAACACUGGAAGCUAACAUUAUGUUAACAUUGACGCAUUUUUUUUUUUUAAAUGUGAUGAACUGAAUAUAUUGCAAUAAAUAGUGGGCAAUUUAGGUUGUUUUUUUUU